AUGGAAAGCUCUUCCGGAGGUUCACCAGCACCCAUCACCUUGAAGGGGCGACUGACAGAAGAGCUAGACGUCGGUCUAAACAUUUUCCACCUUGAAGAGGACAGCCUCACACUCAAGAAGUUCCCCUUUGUCUUCACUCCUUUUCAGCCAAGAUCGGUACCAAAAUAUGGACAAACACGUAUGAAGGAGGUUGAAAACGGUCACCGAUGUGGUGUAGAGAAAGGUACAGUUCAGCCCAUCGGGAACUUGGUGGAUGGAAAGGAGGAAGACAAGCGGCCUAUGAUACCAGCUCCAAAAGAAGUUAACACUCGCUGUCACGCUGACCGCCGGGACCAGUGUUUAGUUCGGGAAGACGUACGACAAUGA